CAUUGUGCUACCCUUAUUCCGACGACUGAAGAAAUCGCUCACUCUUAUAUUUCCCAUUGACUUUUCUCAUCUGUUAUCCCACGGGAAUCCAGUGACUGGUAUCGGAAAAUUUACGGGCAGGGACCUAAAAUUGCUCUUAAGUUCUCUCUGGUGCUAGUACUAGCAAAAAGGGGCUGUUUCCAGGUACGUUCAAGAGAAAAGUGCCUCGUGAACACAUCUGCCGGUGGGGAGGACCAAGGAACUGAAAGUCCACUUGUUAUCUUUGAACAACCACACGCGUUUAAGAACCUAAGCACUCUUCGAAGCCUCGAGAAUCUGUAGUCUGGUGGUGGGUGAAUAAAGGAGGGCAGAAUGGAUGAUUUCAUCUCCAUUAGUCUGCUGUCUCUGGCUAUGUUGGUGGGAUGUUACGUGGCUGGAAUCAUUCCUUUGGCUGUUAAUUUCUCGGAGGAGCGACUAAAGCUGGUGACUGUUUUGGGUGCUGGUCUUCUCUGUGGAACUGCCCUUGCUGUCAUCGUGCCUGAAGGAGUACAUGCACUUUAUGAAGAUUUUCUUGAGGGGAAACACCACCAAGCGAGUCAAACACAGAAUGUGAUUGCAUCAGACAAAGCAGAAAUACCGGUUGCCCAUGAACAUGAGCACAGCCAUGACCACACACAGCUGCAUGCCUACAUCGGUGUUUCCCUCGUACUGGGCUUUGUUUUCAUGUUGCUGGUGGACCAGAUUGGCAACUCCCAUGUGCAUUCUACUGAUGAUCCAGAAACAGCAAGGCCUAGCAAUUCCAAAAUCACCACCACGCUGGGUCUGGUCGUCCAUGCUGCAGCUGACGGUGUUGCUUUGGGAGCAGCAGCUUCUACUUCACAAACUAGUGUCCAGUUAAUUGUGUUUGUGGCAAUAAUGCUACAUAAGGCACCAGCUGCUUUUGGGCUGGUUUCCUUCUUAAUGCAUGCAGGCCUCGAGCGGAAUCGAAUCAGAAAGCACUUACUGGUCUUUGCACUGGCGGCACCAGUUAUGUCCAUGGUGACGUACUUAGGACUAAGUAAGAGCAGUAAAGAAGCCCUUUCAGAGGUCAAUGCCACUGGAGUGGCCAUGCUUUUCUCUGCUGGGACAUUUCUUUAUGUUGCCACGGUGCAUGUCCUCCCUGAGGUAGGCGGAAUGGGGCACAGCCACAAAUCAGACCCCGCUGGAGGGAGAGGCCUCAGCCGCCUGGAGGUAGCAGUCCUGGUUCUGGGCUGCCUCAUCCCGCUCGCUCUGUCAGUAGGACACCAGCACUGACUGUUGAGGGUCCAGCCUCAGGCCAUGGCCAUUUUCCAUCCAGUGAGAACAGCCGGCACAUGACAGCUGCUCACUUCCUCAGUCUCUUGUCUCGCCUUGCCCGUCUCCACCCGUAACCCUAAAGAUUCUGGAGGGAGGUGAGAUGAAAACCUGGAGUAAUGGAAAGCUUUUCGAGUAGAAACAACACACUGCGAAGGAUACAGACAUUCCAUGUGUUGUCUUUUCAAGGGCCCUUGGCAUUUUGAGUUUGUUGUUUCCCUUAACCCUAUUCUCAGGGAAGAUGGAAUUUAGUUUUAAGGAAAAGUGGAGACCUUCAUACUCAUAAUGAAAUAAUUAUGAAAGUACAGUGUUCUGUAAUUAA